AAUGUCACUAGUAAUCUGAGGCUCUAAAAUCCUUUCGAUCAAGUUGCUCCUUGAUCGAUCGGCGUCUUUCUUCCCGCCGGUCAUGGCCGCCGUUGCCACUGCCCCCAUGACUCCCAAGCUCUCACUCAAGCUUCUCAUCGACAAGGAGCGCAAUCGAGUAGUCUUCGCUGAGACGGACAAGGAUUUCGUGGACAUCCUCUUCAGCUUCCUCACUCUACCUAUGGGUUCCAUCAUCCGCCUCCUCGGCAAGAAAACUGGCGUCGGAUCCAUGGAUCGCCUCUACGAGAGCGUCGCGAAGUUCGAUGAACGCUGCUUUAAGACCCCAGCAUGCAGGGCGAUGCUACUCAGCCCGAGAAGCGAGGCGGAAAUCCGGUGCAAAGGACUUGCGCUCGAGCUUGAUGAGGAGUCGGAGCCUUGGAUCUACUAUCGCUGCCUCUCUUCGAGGUCUUACUGCGCAGUGAGCUCGGUAUUUGGAGCUCGGUGUCCCUGUGGCGGGACAACGGAAGCGCCUAUUUUGGCGUUGGGUUGGCAAGGAUGCGAGGGGUCCGAGAAUGGGUUUGUGAGGGAUUCCGUCAAUUUCAUUGUGAGCGAUGAUCUGGUGGUACGGCCUGCUUCAAUUGGGGCUAGCUUGGCUCUGAUCAACGAGCUUGGGAUCGAUGAUGGCAAUGUUCUUGAGAAGAAGACUGUGCAUUUGAACAGAGAGGAGGUUUUGAAUUUGCUCAAGAGGGCGCUUGUCUCAAACAUUCCUCUGACAGAUGUCUUCCUGCAAGAGCCAGACACAAUAGAUUGUGCCGAGAAAUUGCCAACAAAAAACAUCAUUCAAGCAAGAGAGAAGCCCAAAAUAAGCAGCGACAAUAACUUGAAAAUUCCUAUGAAGCUUUUCCUAAGCAAAGAUACUGACAAGGUGGUGUAUGCUGAAGCAAGUGAAGAGCUGGUGGAUCUUUUAUUCAGCUUCCUUACUUUUCCACUUGGUUCCAUUAUAAAACUUCUGGGAAAGAGAUCCUCCUUGGGAUGCAUGGACAACUUAUACAAGAGCGUUGAGCUUUUGAGCUCACCUAAUUACUUAAUCUCAAAUGAGUGCAAGGAGAUGCUAUCUUCUCCUAAGCUGGCUCCUUUCUUUGGCGUUGAUAAGCAGCUUUUGCAUAUUGAAGAAGCUUUUCCUCUGUCAAUCAAGUCCUGUGCAUGCAAAACCUGCUUUUCCUUCUCUUCAGCGACCAGAUGCCUUCAUGGACAUAAUGUAUCUUCCUUUAAUCUGAUGAAUCCUAAGUUGCAGAACUCAGGUAUAGAACGAGGAGGAGGUUAUGUGAAAGGCAUGGGAUGGUUCCUGAUAACAGAUGAGAUGGAAGUGAGCCCGCUUUCACCAAUCACCAGUGUUCACAUUAUCAACAAGUUGAUGGUGCCUAUCAGCGGUUUAGAGGAGGUUACAGCCAGCCUAGGAGAAGCAGAGGCUUUGGAUUUGUUGAGGGCUUGCUUGAUCUCAGACGAGGUGCUUAGUGAUGUAUUUUCUCCCAAUUUAUUAAGGCUGCUUCAGCAGAAUUGGCUGGGCUUCUUUCCUUGCAAAUCAGAUGGGUAAUUAUCUUAUAUGAAUGAAAUUUCCUGAUUCAUAUCUACUUACUCACCUGCUGUUGUAUUUAUAAGAACAUAUUUGCUUGAUAACUUGUAUAAUGUUUACAUUGCUAUAAAGUUACUAAUUCAUUUACUAUUGUAAAAACA